GAGUGGCUGCAACAGAAAAGCACAGAAUAACAUCCCCGACUCCCUGCUCUGCUUUUUUUUUUUCCCUCCCUCCCUGCGUCUCAGCUAGCAGACGAGGGCUUCGCUCACAGCUCUGCAGAGGCUAUGCCGAGACGGAGUCGGCACAGGGAGCAGGAUCUCUGGCUGCCAUCAACAAGUUAGGGUCGGGAGAGCGCGGACAUGAGAGGGAGAUGCUUGAUCGUCAAUUAACCAUCUGAGCUGACAUCAUUGCGGUGGAAGGGAAACAAAAGGGUAAAAAAAAGAAAAGGAAAAAAAAGAGGAGCAAGGAGUGGGGCGGAGGGAGGGGGGUUAUGUUCACCGGAGUCGCUCUGGACGCAACUGAUCAACUUGAAAAAAAGAGAAAGAAUUAUAUAAAUAUUUAUUCAAGGUUCCCGAGGAUGAAGGAAAAGAUUCAACCCUUUCUCUGAGCUUGGAUUUUCGGAAGGAGUCGCCGGAAUAAUAUCAUCUCGGGACAUGGAAUUUCAUAUUUUGUUUCAAUUGUGUGGGCUCAGAAUUGCUUUUUUUCCAAAGAGGCCGAUUCCUUUUGUGCUUACUCAAAGGUUUUUUUUUCCUUUGGAUUUUUCUUCCAUCUGGUUGCUCCAAGAGUCUGCGGAAAAGGACAGUUGAAUGCAGCCUCCGAUGUGCACAAAAGAAUGGGUUUCCAUUCAAGGUGGCCAUUGGUGGGACCUGCACCAGCGGCUCUGUGUCUGAGUGUGAUCAGCAUGCUCCUAGUGUGCCUGCUGCCUCCUGCAUCGUGCACGACCUGCCCGCAAAAAUGCCGCUGUGAAGACCUGCAGUUCUACUGCGACACCCAGGGGCUUCAGGCGCCCCCGGAUGCUGUAGACAAGGGGGCCCUGGGGUUGUCACUACGUCACAACACCAUCACCGAGCUCAGCCCCGAUCAGUUCUACGGCUUCAGCCAGCUCACCUGGCUCCAUCUAGACCACAACCAGAUUACAGCAGUGCAAGAGGACGCCUUUCAAGGGCUCUACAAGCUGAAGGACCUCAACCUGAGCUCCAACCGCAUCACCAAGUUGCCCAACACAUCCUUCAUCCACCUCAUCAACCUCCAGAUACUCGACCUGUCCUUCAAUCAGAUGACUGCAUUGGAACCAGAACUGUUUCACGGACUGAGAAAGCUCCAGAUACUCCACCUCCGCUCCAAUUUGCUCCGCACCACACCUGUUCGCGCGUUCUGGGACUGCCGCAGCCUGGAGUAUUUGGGCCUGAGCAGCAACCGCCUGCGCAGCCUGGCCCGGAAUGGAUUUGCUGGGCUCAUUAAGCUUAAAGAGCUCCACUUGGAGCACAAUCAGCUGACCAAGAUCAACUUGGCCCACUUCCCUCGCCUUGUUGCCCUCCAGUUUCUCUAUCUGCAGUGGAAUAAAAUCAGCAACUUGACGUGUGGCAUGGAGUGGACCUGGACCACUUUAGAGAAGCUGGACCUCACAGGGAAUGAAAUCCGGGUCCUGACAUCUGACGUGUUUCAAACGCUGCCAAAUUUAAAGAUUUUGCUGCUGGAUAACAAUAAACUAAGCAGUCUGUACCCCCAAGUCAUGGAUAUGUGGCAGUCACUGGGAACCAUCGGGCUGUCCAGCAACUAUUGGGAAUGUACCAAAAGGAUUUGCUCUCUUGCCACUUGGCUAAGCACCUUUAAGGGAAGGUGGGAACAUUCCAUUCUCUGCCACAGUCCCGACUAUGCCCAAGGGGAGGAGAUACUGGAUGCUGUGUACGGAUUCCAGCUUUGCCAAAAUUUCUCAGCGCCGGUUGUUCAGACCACUAGCACAACCACAGACGCUACUAUCGCUGCAGAGACCACAAGCUCCUUGUUUGGAAUUAUGCAGCAGACCCCCACGCUGGACUAUGCAGAGGAUUUUGGGAGCUUUACCAUAGUCACGACCACUACCACGACGACAACAACAACAACAACACGUCGCACUGCUCAAGCGACCACCGCUACAUUGGAAGAGGAAGCUGUGACAGAGGACUCCUCCGCGAUGGACAACACUGUAAUGACUCAGAGGGUUAUCAUAGGAACUAUGGCCCUUCUAUUUUCAUUCUUUUUCAUAAUUUUCGUUGUAUAUAUCUCACGGAAGUGCUGCCCUCCCACCCUGCGCCGGAUACGCCACUGUUCGGCUAUUCAGAACCGCCGACAGAUGAGGACCCAGCAGCGGCAGCCUAUGGCAGAUCUAGCGACCCAGGUACCCUAUAACGAGUACGAGCCCAGCCACGAGGAGGGGGCGCUCGUGAUCAUAAACGGCUAUGGGCAGUGCAAGUGUCAGCAACUGCCUUACAAAGAGUGUGAAGUAUGAACUCUUAUUUAUUCCUAGAGCAUAUGGUUUGCCAUUUGACCAUUUCAGAUACAGGGUUUGCUUUUUUUUUGGUUUUUCCAGUUUAUGUAAAAAGCAUAAUUUCUACAAGUGAGAUUUGACAAAUGCGAACGAAUGAGACAAUGACAGAGGUCUGACCUGACAGUUUAGGGAGGUGGUAGAGGUCAAAUUUAUUUUUCUAUGAAUGAAAGGUUGUUCACAUCAAGCCGGGGCAAUCAUUUUAAAACAAGAAAAUUGUGAACUGUGAGAUUUGUCUCCACAUUGUAUCUUCAAUUAUUCUGCAGCACAGAGAAAAUAUAAAAGGUUCCUCUGCUAACAGAAUACAUUAAGUGGAGGAAUGUGAUUUAUGGCUUAUUUCUUUUAAAAGUAUUUGAAAUCAUGUUUUUAACUGCACCACAAGCACUGUAAACCAUGUACUCAAUCACUGGGGAAAAUUAAUUGGACCAAUUACUAGAAUGUCUUUAUUUUACAGUUUGCCAAAAAGGAGUCCUGAAAUUAUAUUCAGACUAAGCACAUUUUAACACAUUUUCAAAAUUCAAGCAUUAGUAGAUCUAGGCAAGCCUAUAAUCUGCCAUCAGAUUAAAGGCUUCCGGGUUUCCUGCUAAAAACAAUUAAUGUUGGUGGCCCACCCCAACAGCCAAAAAGAGAAAAUUCAUGUGUGUAAAUGCAACUACUGCAUUUACACACAUGAAUUGAAUAGAGUGCCAGGAUGGAGAAUUAAUAUUCAAUUAUAUUUAUUGGAAACAUAACAUCUUAUUUAAAGAGGUCUGCUCGUAAACGAAACCAUGUUUUGAGGCUUGUUGGCCCUCCUUCCCACGACGGACAACCACCACAAAUAAAUUCUAAAUACACUGAUUUCGUCCUCAUCCUGGACAUCCUGAUUUGACCUUUACAUCUACAACGAUUUGUAGAUGAUUCUCUACUCACCCCCCCAACUGCCACAAACACUGUGCCAAUAAUAUUAACAGCUUAACCUCGAAAGAACAGUCUGCUGACUUGCUAUUAUACUAGGAUCUAUAUACAGACAGGCUAGUGUGAGGGUAGCAAGUUAAAGGGUAAUGACCAGCGCAAACGCCAGAUAGGAGAGCAUUUUAUUUUUAAAAUAAAACCAUUCCCCAGUAGCCAUGGCUCUUUACUACUUACAUGCUAAUCGGGAUUGACAGGCUCAAGAUUGAACCAAUUAAGGCAAGGCAAAAAUAAUCUAAUGUUCUGUCACCCACACCAGUGGUCCAGCAACAUUAAGCUUGUUCAGCCACUCAAAUAGUCAUAGUGCAAUCAUCCAUCGCACUACAUAAAAACCUCAUUGAACCUUUUACUUUAGGACAUUUUUCUCGUUAGGGAUACCAGGUUGUCAUUUACUCUACUCAAAAUGGGAUUACUUUGAAUAAUGCAUAAUGUAACAGUUACUUGGUUCGCAGUCACAAGCGUCAAAUUAAAUUGCGGUCAAUAGCCUGAGAGCAAAUGGAGAUCCAGUGAUAAGCAAACAGCAAGCCACGGUCAGGACACAUUGGUAUGCAAAGGGGAGGAUGUGCAUUAGCAUCAGACCGAAGCUGCUGCUGCAGCUCCGCACAUCUGUGUUCAGUUUGGUGGUGGGGGCAGGGUGAAAGAGGGACGGAGAGGAAUUGAUGGAACAAUGGAGAGGGGCAACGACGGGGCAAUGUCUUGGAUUAUUAGCGAAGGUGGCUGAGAAUGAAACGAUACGUAGUGACUGAAAGCACCGGGGGCUCGAAAGGCAAACCGAUCACACAGCAACGUCAACCACCAAAUGUUCCAGCAGGAGAACAAGACCCAGUACAAUUAAAAAGAAAAAAAGGGCACUUUCUUGAUUGCUUUUCCCAGGAAAUUAAAAUUUGGAUUUUUUUUCCUUCAUGAACAUGUCAAAUCUGGAUAUGUGACCAAAUCAGUGCUUACGACAGCUGGAUGCUGAUAGAGCAGCAGGAAACGAGUCAUCCGGCUCGGAGCAGCGAGGCGCCGCUCGUAGGCGGAUGCUCCCGCGAGGUAGCAGGGAGGUGCCAUUUGUGGCUUUGUCUGAAAAUUUGGUUUCAAUGUUCUAAAAAUAAAUUAUUGGGUCAAUGUCUCUGUGCACAUGAUCAUAAGACGCCUACAACAACAAAUGUCUAAGAAAGUGUCUAAUAAAGUGCUACGCUUCACAUUUGAGUACAACGGAACACAUUGCGUACUCCGAUAGUAGUGAUUUCCAGUCAAACUACUCCACUGGGUUUCCAAUUUUGUUUUCUUCCAGCUUAGCACUGCUUUUACUACUGCCCUUCUAAUCCGUCUUGCAUGUUCAGAAGUCAAUUGAGUUACAGAUUUCUUAAUGUCAUUCAGCAAACGUUAUGAACAGACCUCUUUUUUGAUAACACCAAGAAUAGGGAUCUAUAUGGAAUUCCUAUAAAGCUCUGUUAAUCAUUUGGCCAAGUGACUGAAAAAUCACAAUUUGUAGAAAUAUGCAUCCCUUUGCACUCUGGCUCUUUGUAAACCGUUUUUGUUUCCUCUCGUCACCCUCGAGCCCUGGUCCCCAACCUGCCUAAAAAAUAAAAAAAAAAAAGAAGAAAAAAAAGAAAAGUGAACUAAUUCCCUAUUACCCAACCUCUUUGUGCAAAAUGAAUGCUUUUUCUCUUUCCAUUUUUCUUUUGUAUUGUAAUAUGUACAAUUUCAUAUCUGUAUAGUGGAUAAGAUGUGCCAAACUGAAAAAAAAAAAAAAACAUUUCCCCCCUCAAAACAUAUAUUUUUUAAAUAAAAUGGUUAUAAUUUAAAGAAUGUUUGCCAGCUGGUGGAUACUCACAACUUGGUUUGGUCUUUCAUUACAGUAUGGUAUAAAGAAUAAAUUGAAAGCAAACCUAACCCGUAGAGACGUUGAUAUAUGCAUCAGUAUGUUGGGUUUGUGCGAUCCAAUCCCCUUAAUGCAGCUCGACAUGAUGACCAGAUCACUUACUUUACAACUCAACGAGGUAAAAGUUCACCGCAUUAGCGUUUUAGUGUUUUAACAGUCGAACGUGGGCAAUGAACGGGUGGUUAUGCAGAAGACUAGGUUAUGCCUACUGGAGAAAGUGGUCCAAGAGGAUUCAACAGACUCAACCAUUGUUGUUCUUAAAGUAUUAAAUACUUUCCCAACAAUCUGUUUAAUUGAUUAAUAGUUUAGUCUACAGUGUCAAAGAGGGACAAAUGCACAUCACAAGUUUAAAAAAAAAAACCAAAAGGUAAUGAGUUACAAUUGCUAGUUUUGUUCAAACAUCAAAUUUACUGAAUUUAUGAAAACAAAAGCAUUGAACCCACACAUGAUAGAUUAUACUGUCAAUUAACUUAAUAUCCAUAUUAGCACUAGUUCAAUAGUUAACCAUAUAGCCAUUUGACAUCUUGGAUACAGCCGUCAAAUAUCUUGUCUCUUCGCGUUUUGGAUAAUUUAUCUUCCUACAUCAAUAUCAAGACUGUUUUGAACUAACUCGAUGUCAGAUCUUGUACGUUGAUAAAGAUGAAAAAUAAUCUGUUGAA